AUGUCCGGCAUUGUCCGAGCCGCGCAAACCACCCUCUCGCAAAAUCUCGGCGGUGUCGCCCAUGAUCUCGCCCCGAACGAUGCAAAGUUCUCUUUGGACGAUGUGCCUGAUCAAUCUAACAAAGUAGCACUUGUCACUGGCGGAAGCGAAGGCAUUGGCUAUGCCGUCGUCCACACACUCCUUAGCAAGAACAUCGCCAAAGUCUUCAUCCUCAGCCUAAGCCAGCAGCCCAUCAAAGACGCGGUGCAAGCAAUCAAAGAAGACUUGGGAGAGAAUGUCGCGGAUAGAGUCGUCUGGAAACAAUGCGAUGUCGGCGAUUGGAAAAGGGCGACAGAAGUUGCGCAAGAAGUACAAAAAGAAACGGAUCGGCUGGAUGUUUUGGUGUGCAAUGCUGGACGGGGUAUCAUGACAUUUGAGCAAUUGGACAAUGGAGUUGAAAGACAUAUGGGGGUGAAUCACAUUGGACACGUCGUGCUCACAUCACACUUGUUGCCUCUGCUAAAGAAGACCGCCGAACAUAGCACUGUUCGCAUAUCGAAUCAAGCUUCCAACGCCCACGAGCAGGCGCCAAAGGACACACACUUCCGCGACUUGGAGGAGCUGAAUCAAGACCUCGGACCCCUGGCGCUGUAUGGCCGCUCAAAGCUGGCGGUUAUAUUGUACAGCAGGUACCUGACCCGACAUCUACACACCGCGCAUCCCAACAUCCUGAUCAACGCUACACACCCGGGCGUGGUCGAGACGACGAUGAGUACAAGGGACAUCCUGGAGCCGUAUCCUAUCGCUGGGCAUCUCAUGAAAGACGUUAUGGCACCAUUUAAAAAGGAUCAGUUCCAAGGCGCUCUUCCCACGUUGUACGCGAUUUCUGCAACGACAAAGUCCGGCGAGUACAUCUGUCCACCGGCAGACCCAGAGCCCGGAAGCGCCCUGGCUCAAGACGACCAGCUUGGCGAGCAGCUCAUGAAGAUGACACGAGAAAUUGUCACAGAAAAGACGCGAAUGGAGAGUGUAGACAAGGGGUGUCCGAUGCAAGAUUAUUGA